CAUUGUUCCAACGUUUGCGCUGUCGACUUGCUGUCGACCAAUUCGAAUUCGCCUUGGCCUGGUGACUGCUCCGCCGACCGGUGACCCAGAGUAUAUAUACAACGGGGUGACUUCAGAUGUAACUAGCGCUUCGUUUCUCAUUCACCGAUCGUCAAGCUUGAACAUGGACGCAAGCCACUCGACCCGAAAGAGACCGCGGCAAACCGACUCAGAAGACGACACGACGUCCGAGUGUCGCGAUGAGGGCACAUAUGUAGAGCACCCUUCGCUCUACUACGACGACGGCAACGUCAUUCUCAGUUCCGAGAACACGCUGUUUCGUGCGCACCGCUCGAUCUUGUGCAAGGCUUCGCCCGUACUCCGCGAUAUGCUCGAGCAGAAGGCGCAUGAAGACCGCAAGCCGGACGUGCUACGUGGGUGUCUCCACAUCGCACUAGAUGUCGAGACACAGGUCGCAGAGACGCUGAUGAGAAUUGUAUACAAUGACCUUCGCCUAGACACUCUGACGUUCGUCACUAGCCAGCUGUCGUUGGUGACGAGCAUCUUCCGGGCGGCCGGGAAGUUUCGCAUCGAGCGCACCCUCGUCGAAGUCUACGCUCGAAUCAAAUACAAGUGGCCAUCCGACUUGGAGAAACAUGACAGAAGAAUAGCACUCGAGGAGAGGAUGAACCUCAGAGGACCGAUCGGAGUAACGUUGCUUGGGGAGGACGGCACGGUGGUGAAUACAGUGAGACCCACUGCUCCUUCGACGCGGCGUGUCGCAUUCAUUCACCCGGUUCACAUCCUCGCGCUGGUCAGAUCAGCUGGUUGUCGCGACCCAGAGAUCCUGACCCCGCUCCUCUACGCCUGGACGUGCGCGCCGACCAAUCUCGCCGGGUAUGAUCGUGUUCUCCACGCGCUCCCGCAGAUGGACCUCGUGCGAUAUAUCCGAGGGCUAGAGUAUCUACGCUGCUUCCACGCGCAGUGCAUGGCGGUCUCCCCCACUGCGAAUAAUCUAGCACUCCCUGGCGAUCAUGAAUAUCAAUGUUGGCCGGGCAUUAGGGUCUUCUGGGCCGACUUGGGCGGAGCGUGGAUGGAUACUAAUGUGGUAUUCGCGGCAGCGCGAGAACCGAUCGAGGCAUGGGGUUUGAUAAUUGACAGACUGACAAUUCAUCCCAUGCAUUGUACCAGAUACAACAUUUGUUCCGGAUGCUCUGACAAGUUGAUUACGAUGAUGAAAACCAUCAGGCAGGGAUUGUGGUCGAAUCUUACUUUGUGGUUUGCUGUGUCUUUGUUUUAGAAUUUUACUCCUGCUUUGCUGACUGCUAGUACAAAAGUUUAGGACUUGGAGACGUCACGAUACUAUACUCACCGUAUGCGCAAUAGUAAUAGGGCUCGAUAGUACAAUCCGCGGGCUGUUAUAGCUCAGUACUUGAUGAUGUUGCAGUAUACACUGUAUCACUACGAAAGUAUUCCGCGUCGCUGUCGGGGGAGAACAGCACGCUGCAGUUUGCGCUCGCGGGAAGUUUGAUAGUCUGCG